CGGCGGCACUUCCGCACACUGUAAUCUAAUCCGUUUGACAUCUAAAAUGGGCCUUCAGAGCGCCGCGUCCAUCCCGCAUCUCACAUUUACUUACAGGAGAACCGGAUAAAGACACACGCAUAAAGAACGGAAGCGUUAAAACCAACUUUAUUGCUCGAUUUGCGGUGUGAGCAGUUUUGCACGGUUGUUUGUAAUUUUUUUUAGUUUUUUUUUAGUUUUUUUUUUUUAAAUUAAUAUAAAUUUUGCAUCCGCAAACUGUUUGUGUAUAAUAAUUUACCUGGCAACCGGAUUGUCCGCCAAAAAACAACAACAACAACAACAACAACAACAAAACCCAUCACACAACGCGAUUUGGAUUGCUGCUCGGUCAGAACGCAUCCUCUGUAAUCAUAUUUUGCUGUCAGCUCUGUCUGAUCCUGCUGAUUUGGACAAGCAAAGCUAUCUUAGCUGAAGUUAGUUGUCCAGGCUAGCUGUAGCUCUAGCUCUAGCUGCGGUUUAGCUAGCAGAUUGUGCACGCGCUGAUUUCAUUUCCAGAGCAUUGCCCUUUUCCUGCUUCACUCCAAACAGAUCUUAAGCAGAAGACUCGAUCUCUAUCUAUAUCGAUAUCUAUUUUUUGUACCCCAAACCUAUAAUCCCGAGGCUAAAACAACAAAACAAAACAAAGGAUUUGGGUUCAGUUUCACUUGGAGAAGAAAGAAACACCAAGAAAACUGACAUGAUGUUUCCACAAGCCAGGCACUCGGCCGCGUCUCAAUCAGCACAACCACUAAAGUUCACCACCUCGGACUCCUGCGACCGCAUUAAAGACGAGUUCCAGUUUCUCCAAGCACAAUAUCACAGUCUGAAGCUGGAGUGUGAUAAACUGGCUACGGAGAAAUCUGAGAUGCAGCGUCACUACAUCAUGUACUACGAGAUGUCGUACGGGCUCAACAUUGAGAUGCACAAACAGGCUGAGAUUGUAAAGAGGCUGAAUGCCAUCUGCGCUCAGGUGCUGCCCUACCUGUCCCAAGAGCAUCAACAGCAGGUCCUGGGAGCGAUUGAGAGAGCCAAGCAGGUCACUCCACCAGAGAUGAACUCAAUCAUUCGGCAGCAGCUCCAGGCCCACCAGCUCUCUCAGCUGCAGGGUUUGGCUCUGCCUAUGACCCCUCUGCCCCUGGGUUUAACCCCCCCGACCCUGCCUUCCUCCUCCUCCUCGUCCUCCGCCGCUCCGGGUCUCUUCUCUCUCUCCAGCAUCCUGGCGUCACACGCUCACCUCGCCAAGGAAGAGAAGAAUGCCCGUGACGCUGCUAACAGUGCCGACACGCACCGCGACGACGACGGAGACAAAUCCGACUAAGUCCACUUUAAUGCUUCUCUCACUGAGGCGACGAGAGCACAGAGAGACAAUGAAAAGAGCACAGCAUUGUUUUUUCAUCUUCACUUCCCUCUCGCAUCCUUCUUCUAAAGCCUCUUGCUUUUCUGAAUGCAUGCCUUAGUUUAAAUAAAUCCUUCGUAGUUGCGUUAAAAUCUGAUUUUUUUUUUUUUUUUAAUAAUUUUUUUUUCAUUAUUUGCAUUUAAUUACCUGGCCUGCUAUUUGCCGUCCCUGCUUCCUGCUUUUGUGUUUGGGUUUGUCGAGCGCUUAUUAUUCCACUGUGCGAUCCACAGCUUCCUGCAGUCUGCUAGACUUUCCGAGAUCAUCCCAGAGCUCCUUCUCCUAUGAGCUAGUCCUCAGACUAAACAGAUCAGCUUCUGGAUUAAGCCGAGGACCUGAUCCUCUUUCCAGAUGCUCAGACAAUCCGUUCUUUCUUUCUUCCCUCUUUGCGGACGUUGUGGAAUCGGAUAUCGUUUGAAAGAUCUUACGAAAGCACAAUUAGCCAAAUCAGCAGUGUCAUCGUAUAAUAACUGUACAACUCCAAUUUCUUUUUUGCUAUAUCUCUGUCUGUAUCUAUAUCUGCUUUAAACUUUGCAUUUCAAAGAACAUCAAAGGUGUAGUUUGUGAUAAUUAAAGCGGUUCUAGAUUUAUAAUAAUAGUUUUAAAGAUACCUUAGGGGGAAAAACUGACUUAUUUUAUUUCCAUCCAAAUUUAUUCAGUAGUGUUUUUUUUUUAUUAUUAUUAUUAUGUCACAUUUUUUCCUUUUUUUCCCACCCUGAGAAAGAAACAGCUGCUUACCUGUUCCUUUUUUUUUCCCCCUUAAAUGUAAGAGACAAGGUACAAUACCUUAUUACAUCACAGAUUCACUACCCUACAACGUUUCUAUAUUUCCUAGUGUUACAGCCUGGACGACAUGGUGGUGGUAGCAUCAUGUUGGGUAAAAAGUCGAUUAUUCAGAGAAGCAACCAUGAGGCUGAGGGUAACUCUCAGCAUGACUUGAGCUACCACCACCAUGCUUCACUGUGUGGAGGUUCCUGAGCUAAUCUCCCGGAUAAGUCCGUUUCAGUUCCAGGUUCUCACCACUAGUUGACAACCACACGUCGUAGCUUGAGUCGAGUAUGAUGGAAAACCCAGAAAGUUAAGUGUGGUGUCUCUUAGACGUAGGUUUUCCAGCACGGGAAAGUCUUGAGGGUGGGAUUUUGUGCUUUGUAUUUUUCUCUGUAAUAUGACAAGCUGGCUUUUUUUUUUUUUUUUUUUUUGGUGUGUUCUUGAUAAAUUCAAGACAAAGAGAGGCUGGUGAGGGAACCGCUGUUUAUAGCUGCUAUAAUGCAAGUGGUAACAGGAACGAAUUUGUAACGUGGACAGUCCACAACAUUAAACGUAACUAUAAAUGGAUAAACAGUACAAUGUGUCAUUCUUCAAUUAAUAAUAAAAAACAUAUAUUGUUGCCAAAUCGAUGUGGUCUAAGAGGAAUAAAACACUUCGGACAUAACCUCCUCGUCGUUGAUUAGUUUAAUAUAACAGCAUGCCACAUUGUUUUAAUCUUUACACGUAUCGACGCUCACUUUUUUAUAUUAUUUUCUUUUCCCAGCAGUGAUUCUCAUUUAUAGCCUGUUUCAUAAGCAGACACAAAAGCCCGACCACUGCUUCUCCAUUUUCAUUUCAGUCUCCUCACGCUUUCCUGCAGUCAAGCAGUUUUCAGAGCGACUAAUGGAGUGUGUGAGCUAGUACAUGUUUUCCUCUUCUGCUACCAAAGGAGGUGUAUUGUUCUGCCUCUCUUCCCUCCUCUCUUCUCCAAUCACUCUCUCCCCAAGCUGGCUGCACGUGGGAUCUGUGUUGUGGAUGGUGAAUUCGUGUCAUAUACAAAGAGGAAAUAUGUUUGCGUUCACAUCACAAUUGUAAUGUGUGUGUGUGUGGGAGGGGGUAGGGUUUGGGGGGUUAAAGUGCAGCUUUGCUUAGACGUAUCCAGAAUGCACGUUCUGUUUGAGAUCUUGUCUGAAACCUGCACUCCCGUCACGGAGUGUUGUCCGGUCAGCACUUAGUUCGAAAUCCGUUACCCGAAUGAAUCGAUGAUGGUCUUUAUAGAUCCUGUUCACUGAUGGACCAAGGUCCCCCCCCCCCCCCCCCCCCCCCUUAGAAAAGGAAAUGAACACUGAGAAAGACUCUUCAAACAUGAGCAUUCAGCUGUAAUCUGCGAUCUCCGAGCUGCUUUGCACAAAAGUACAGCGAAAUCUUUUACAACUGACACAGAUGUCAGGCUGAAGAAUGCAAAUACGGCUCAUUUCUUUAAGUACAAAAGAACAGGUGGAUGGCUUAGUGCGUCAUAUUAAAGAGGAAGUACAGUGAAAAUGAUCAACAGGGAAAGCAUAGCGUCGAAUCCAAAGGGCUUUGUGUUAAAUGGCGAAUAUCUCCAAUCCUAAAUCAUAGUAUUGGGUUCAGUCCAAGAUCAAUUUAGUAGCGGUUAUGACCCUAUUUGUAAUUCUGUCACUUGAAACUUGUCAAAUGGGGGGGAGGGUUGGAGACCAGUAUUUUGGAAGAGCAAGAUCAUCUUAAAUAAGGAAUUUGCAUAUUCUGAAAAUACAGCGUUCUUCAGUGUCUGUGAACGACCCCCAAUUUGUUUGCGUCAUGUCACCACAGGGUGGCAGAAUUUCCUUGAGAACAUGUUGUGCCUGUUGUGGAAAUGUAUUGGUCCUGUUUGGCUUUUUACUACCUAUAGUACAUUUUUUAUCUUCCAAAUUCUUAUAAUCCAGGGGUCCAUCAACUCCUAGGCUGGAGACGGAAGAGUUUGAUGAUGUCGAUGCUUUUCCGCAAGUAAACCGAUGUGAAAUGGUUGGGAAAUGAUCGAACUGCAAAUCUCCACGCCUUGAGGACUGAAAAGAUGAGAAAAGAGCAGAAUUCAUUAUAAACAUGCUGUGUAUGGUAGUGUGAGUGUGUGUGAGUGCUUGUGUAUGAUAGGAUAGAAAUGUAUUGCUUGUACUGUAUGUAUUUUAAUACAUGCUAUCAAUCCCUGUCAAUCAACACUUGAUGUCCUUGUUUAAACAUUUUGCAUCACCUUUGAGACGUUCAGAAGACUUACGUUUUGUCAUCCUGUACUCGUUCAGCGUGGGGGAAAUAAAUAGCUCCACACACAAAGAUGAAAAUCCACUCACACAUACUACAUACAGAGCAUGGUUGUUGGUAUAUUAUUUUUCAAGAGAGGUUUCAUUAUGCAUACAUUUCUGCUCAUUUAUAUACCAGAAUAAAGGCGUUUUUUGGUUGUUGUUUUUUUUUUUUUUUUUUUUUUUGUCCUUUUAAAAUGUUUGUAUUUUAAAUAGUUCUGUUGAUUGCACUUGAUCAAUCGCAUCACCACAAGGGGGGAAAUAAAAGAAACAGGCAAGCAGGACAAAUACACAAAAACUUACUGGAAAGAUUCAUACCAAUCAAAUCGUGUGAGUGUGCUUGUAUGCGUGUUGAUGUUGUGAAGGGACAAUUUCUAAUAUGUGUAUAAAUAUAUCAAUAUACAUAUAAUUUUGUAAACAUUUUGUAUGUAUAAAGCUACACUUAUCUCGUGUGUGUGAGAGAGAGAGACUGAAGGACUUGUUGUAGUGUGUGCAGUUUUGAUGACUGACUGACCGAGAGCCUGUCCAGUAUAUCGAUUGAGACGUACAUUUGAAAUAUGUAGUUGUAUUUCAGAAGAGGGAAAAAAAAAAUAAAAAAUCGGCUGUAGUUGUUACAAAAGGUAGCAAUCGGCCCAUCUUUUUGGGACCUGAAGUAUUUUUCCUUUACACUCCUUUAAAAAAAUAAAAUAAAAAUCACACGUUUAAUGAGCGCUAUGAAGCUAACAUAGCUAUGUAGUCCGCCAUGGUCCAGAUGAUGCUUGAGUUUGAGUUGUAAAUACAAUAUCCAUUUUCUCAUCACCUGUAACAGUUGUUUUUAUUCGGACAUUAGAAUUUCAAUUGUUCGGCUUUCUUUUAUCUUUAUUAGUCAGUUUACUUUCCCAUUUUGUGAUGUGUGUUAAAUUCUUGAGUGUGUUCUUGCUGGAAAGUGUGUCAGAUGUGUUAUGAAGAUCAAUGUUAGGUUUUUUUUUUGUGUGUUUUUUUUUUUUUUUUUCAAGGAGGGAAAAAAUGUGACGGGGGAACUAAAUUUGUUUAAUUAUUUGAGACUGGGAUUCUGCAGUAAGGAAAUAUUUAUGGUGCCUUACAAAUAAAAGCUUCAGUGUACCUCUAA